AUAUUGUUUAUUAGUAUUUUUUUUAAUAUUCAUUUUCAUCCAUUUAGUACAUUUAUACAUCUGAUAUAACCAUAAUAACUAACAAAUCACCUCAACCCCCUCAAGAAAAAAAAAACAGAGGGGGAUUCCAUUUUUUUCAAUUCUGAAAACUUGCCUGUCCUCCUAUUCAUAAUCCAGAAUCUGCAAGUUUUCUUGUUUAUAGAAUUCAUUGAACCCUUGAAGAUUUUCUUGAAGAUUCAAGAGAUUUGCAUGAAAUAAUAUAAGAACAAACAGAAUAAAGAGAAAGAGAGGGAGAAAUGGGGUUGGAUUAUUAUGAAAUUCUGACAUUGGAGAGGGGUGCAACAGAGGAUGAUCUGAAGAAGGCCUACAGAAAACUGGCUAUGAGAUGGCAUCCAGACAAGAAUCCCAACGACAAAGACGAAGCCGAGGCCAUGUUCAAGCAAAUCUCUGAAGCCUACGAAGUGUUGAGUGAUCCUGAGAAAAGGCAAGUGUAUGAUCAGUACGGCGAAGAGGGCCUCAAGCAUGGGCCGGCGACCGGGUCAGCCGGGAACCCGGACAAGUUCAACCCCAGAAAUGCAGAGGACAUAUUUGCAGAGUUCUUUGGAAGCAGCCCCUUUGGGUACGGAGAUGGGCUCAAGAAACCACCACCUGUGGAGAGCGUGUUGCCGUGCGACCUUCAAGAGCUCUACACUGGAUCUACUCGGAAGAUGAAGAUCUCUAGACAAGUCGUUGAUCCCAACGGGCGAAUGAGGACAGAAUCAGAGAUACUGACCAUUGAGGUUCAGCCAGGUUGGAGGAAAGGAACAAAGAUCACAUUUCCAGACAAAGGCAACCAGCAGAUGAACCAGCUGCCCGCGGACCUCGUCUUCGUGAUCGACGAGAAGCCCCACAACGUCUUCAGCCGUGACGGCAACGACCUGAUGAUAGGCCACUGCGUCACCCUGGCCGAGGCCAUCGGGGGGACCACAGUGGUGCUGACCACCGUGGACGGCCGGACCCUGUCCGUCCCAGUGGCCUGCAUCGUCAGCCCCGGAUACGAGCACGUGGUGGAGGGAGAGGGCAUGCCCAUAGCUCGGGGUCCGAGCAACAGGGGUGAUCUCAAGAUCAAGUUCGAGGUCAAGUUUCCCACCAAGUUGUCGACCGAGCAACGGGAGGCGCUAAAGCGCGUGCUUGGAGGAUGAUCGCAGUUUGUAAAUUCGUGUAACAGUGAAGUUUAGUGCUUUUCAUCAUUUUUUCAUAUAUAUAAACAUAAAUUUUAAAGAUCGUUGAUCACACUAUUAAUAGGCCAAUCCACGCACAUAAUGUUUAUGUUAAUUGGGGGUUGAUGUGUUUGUAAAAUUCCUGUGACAGUGUAAUUUAGUGUUUGUCUUUGAUUUCA